GGUUCCAUCAGGGCGGCUUCUUGUACCUGGCCGUGACGCAGCUGCGAGUAGAGCUUAAGCAGCAUGUUAAUACCGGCGUGCGCCGCGCGCUCGGAGGGCUGCUCGCUACACCUCGAUUCUAUCGAUGACGACAUGCUGCAGCUCGUGCUCUCCUUCGUGGACGAGCCGAGCGACUGGGCUCACGCCGCCGCGGCGUCCCGGUCGAUGCGAGAGGCGGCCAGCCUGUCCAACUGGCAGCGUCGCCUCCGGCUGCACUUUGGCGUCGACGUCGACCCAUCGGGGCUUGGCCUGCGGCCCGGCGACCACCCGCCGUUUAGCGAGUUCCGCGGGCUGUGGCGCGCCUACUACGACGGCGGGUGGACGCCGCUCCGCGUGGACCACCGGCUGCUGCGCCACCUCACCUGGCACGCGCUCAAACAGCAGCACGAGUUCGGCAAAGCGCCCGUCGCCCACAGGGUCGAGGUGUCGGACGGCGCGGCCGACUCGGACGACAGCGAGGGGGAGGAGGCGUGGCCGGCCGAGGCGCGGCGCGGUCUCCGCUCGGCGUGGCUGCUACAGGCGGCGGCGUGCGCGCUGGACCCGCUCUGGCUGACGCAGAACGCGCCGGGCUCGAAGGCUGCCGCCGCAGUCUGCACGGGCGCAGUGUUGCUCGACUGCCAGGCCCCCUACCCCACACUACGCCAAGCUUCCUUAAGUGACAAAGAUGUGCCCGGAGAAAUGGAUUGGCUUGUGCCAUGUCGCUCUCCUCGCCGUCACCGCCCGCGUGGCUGCGCGCUGCGAGGCACAGCGCGCGCCGGCCACCCCUCGCGGUCGAGAUGCGCCGAGGUUGAGCCGAGAUUGCAACCUCGCGUAGGAGCACGACGAGCUCUCCUCCCUCUGGGCGCCCGCCAUCGACCGCGGGCCUGCACAUCUCCCCCGUAUCUCCCCGUAUCUCCCCGGCUCUCCCCCUCUCUCAGGCGCCCGCCAUCGACCGCGGACUAGUGCCGCAGACUCUGCAGACCAUGCAAACGCCGUCGCUCGGCUCGGCGGUCGCGUCUCGCCUCUUCCCGCUCGGCCCGCACGCCCGCCGCCCCCGCGCCUGCCACCCUUACCUCCCCAGCGGCCCUGCCGCCUCACCACCGCCCCUUGUCUUGACGCGCAGUGGCGCGGAGCCCGACCGCAUCGGCGGCGAAGAUGCUUGCGCCGACCACGCUCUCCGUGCUCAAGACCAUCUGGCCCAGCACGCCCGUGAACAACACCGCCCCC